AUGUUCACAAAUUGGUCCAAAUUCUCUUGGUACUUGAUUCCAGAACUGAUGCUCCGGAUUGUGGUGGAUUGCACCGAGAUAACGCUCGUCAUUAUCUUCUUCAUCGUAAGACGAUUGUACCGGCGCCAACCAAAAAUACCAGAGAAGCCAGAGAACUUUGUCUACCUGCUAUGUUGCUAUAACGAGUCGUAUCCAGAACUGAUGACCUCAUUGGAUUCGUUGGCCGAGCAGCAGUUAUUAGAUACCCACAAGAAAGUCAUUGUCGUGAUCUGCGACGGCCGAGUCAGCAGCAAGGGUGAACCCAAAACAGCUGCUGCCUAUUUGAAAGAGGAUGUUGUUGAGCGUCCGUCAAGUAGGUCCAUGGCUCAGGCGUAUACUGCGUGGGACGGUGCUCCCAUAGACGUUGAGGUCAUCGAGGGCGAGUUCAGAGGGAUCCCAAUCAUGUGCGUUAUCAAAAACCAAAACCGAGGCAAGCGAGACGGCAUCGUCCUUAUACGAUCGUUCAUGCACAAGUUCAACCAGCGCCAUUCGAGCCCUUCGUUAGCGAUGCUUUCAUCCAAGCUCUUUGCUGAACUGAAGAACUUUCUGGAAAAGGCGUCCAUCCAGUCUGUGGAUUAUGCCGUUGGAAUAGACGCAGAUACCAGAUUUGACACGAAGUGCGUCUUCAACCUGAUACAGACAGUAAGAGAAGACGAACAGUGUCAGGGAGUGACCGGCUACAUUCGACCGGAUCCUAAAGCCUUGGGACCAUUUUCAUUUUCUUACCUCUACCAAAACGCCGAGUAUCUGGUUGGUCAGCACCGCCGUCGCCUCCGUCAAAGUCUUACUAGCAGGAAGGUGACCUGUCUGCCCGGGUGCUGCCAGUUGUUGCGGGUUAAUGAGUAUACCUGCGGCGAUCAUAUCCUGGGCAAAUUCGGACAUUACCCGAAGGGCACCGAUGGCCUGUUCCGAACGAUCCGAUCCAUGAUGAGCGAAGACAGGGAUCACAUAUGUCUGGUUCUCUCAGAGUACGCCGAUGUCCGGACACGCGUAUGCCUCGCUGCGCGAGCGUACACAACAGUGCCGAGUACCCCUUCGGUCUUGCUGAGUCAAAGACGUAGAUGGACGUUAGGGCCACUUACGAGCGACAGUCUCCUUCUUAGUCGUAAGACGACAGGCUGGAUCGAGAGAGUAGCCGCAUUCACGUCCAUAUUGCAUUGGACCGUAAACCCAGCGCUCUAUGUUUCAAGAUACUACCGACAAAUUGACAACCAAACAAAAUUCUACCUGAUUAUUCUUGAGAACUAUCGGCUAGUUUACGACCUGCUGGUCGUCGUCGCAGCCUCGGAUUCGGUUCCUGACAUCAUUCAGUCGUUUAUCGGUUUCUGGAUGUAUGGCUUCUUUGGGCCGACUGUUAAUUUUGUCACCCAGCUCUACACUUUGUACAAGUUGGACGAUUUCCGGUGGGGCAAGACACGCAUAGGUGUCGCGGACAAAGCGAAAUAG